AACGGCUUCGAUACGCGCAGUAGUCUCCCGUCAAUUAGAGUGUAAAAACGUAAACGCUCCACAGAAACGGCUAUCGGAACGGCGCCGCCACAGAGACAAUCUUUCGCAGGAUACAACCAAAAUAUAACAUAUACACACACACACGCGCUACAACAACAGCUAGUUGGAUGGAAAAAAAGAAAGUUAAAACAAAAUAAAUACAUGAAAUUUGCAUAAAAAAAUAAUGAGGUGUCAAGUGUGAAGAAAAAACGUCGGCUGUACAAGAGUCGAAUGUGCAAUGUGAAAGACAUCAUAAGAGACUGUGCGUGUGUGUGACCGUGUGCGUGUGUGAGUGCGUGUGCUUUGAUGUAAAUACCACGAAAAUCGCUGAACGCCGAAAAUAAAGCAGCAGAAAUCAACGAAGACGAAGACGACGUCGCCGUCAACGAGGCGGACGUUCGCCAAAAAGCAGAGCCAAUACAAGGAGCCGUCGCAGUCGCAGAGGCAACGUCGAGACGCAUGUACGCUCAAUGCUCAGCGCUGGCUGCUGGCCGAAGUCGUCUAAAACGGCCAACGAUCGUGUGAACUGUGCGUAUACUUAACUGGCGUAGUUUCUGGAGCAGCAGCAGCAGCAGCAGCAGCAGUGGCAACAUAUCAGCCACACAACAAGGAACAACAACAACAGCAGCAACAUCAGCAACAACAACAGCAACAUUUCGUACGAAAAUGUUCACAUCAAAGCAACAACAACUGCAGCAAGGACCUCAACGACUGUCACGCCUGCUACAUAUUUGCCUGCUCCUGCUAUCGCUGAGCUGGGCGGCCAACGGCAGCAACAUUGUGGAGCCCGAGGAGGCAGCUUUUCAAGGUCACUGCGGUCAUACGAGUCCCUGCGAGCAGCUCUGCUACGAGAUCCACGAUGGGAUGUACGAGUGCGACUGCAUCGAGGGCUACGAGCUGAACAAGAAUGGCUACAGCUGUCAAGUGAUAAACACGACAAACAGCGGCCAGGAUGGGCACGGUAAAUCGGAUGAGGAUGUGCUCUACCAGAAGGGCGCCUCCUUCAGUGCAAAGCUCGCCAAUGCAGCGGCGGCGGCGGUGGCAACGGCCGGCGGGCAGGCGGAUGCGGAUGCGAAUGCGAAUGCGGAUGCGGCUGAAGCGGAUGCGAAUAGCGAAUAUGAUUACAACGAUGAGAAUUUAGAUGGCAUGCGGGAACAGAAAGUCAAUUCAAACGAUUAUUACAUAUCAGCGGAGAGCAUUAGCUUCAAUGAGAAUCAGGAGCUGGAUGCGGCCGACUUUAAGGUGGCGACCACAGCGGGCACAGCCACCAAACUAACCAAAUCGACUAAAGCCGUGCCAACAACCACGACGACAACAACAACCACAACAGCAGCAACAACCACAACAACAGCAGCAACAACACCAGCUGCAAGAGCAACAAUUGAGCGUGGCCAAAUGGCAAACAAAGCCAAUGGCCAGCGCAAUGCCAUGGAUUAUGGCUUGGCCGAUGUGGAUGGCGAUGGCGAUGUCGAUGAGUAUUAUAGCUAUAAAGCGGACAUGUCCAUCUAUGACGAUGUCAAUAAUAAUCAAUUAAAUUUAAGACGCAACAGCAACAGUAACAGCAAUUCGCAUACAUAUCAGCAGACUAGCAAAAGCAACAACAACAACUUGAACAACUUGAACAACAACAACUUGAACAACGACAACUUUAAGGUCGCAAUGCAUAUCAACAAUAAUAAGAAUGCUGCCAAUAGCAACAUAUCACUUAAGACAACAACAACAACUAGUACUACUACAACAACAACAACAACAACAGCAGCUGCAAUCAGCAGCACACUUUGCAAUCUGGAUUGCGGCGCAGAGGGUAUUUGUGCUCUGGAGGCAACGGCGUCCACAGCGCGCUGUUUGUGCCCAUUUGGCAAAACGGGCGAAAAUUGCCUGGAAGAUAUCAGAGCGCACGUGCCACGCUUUGCGAAGCGCUCCUGGCUGGCAUUUCCGGCACUCCAUGGCGCCUAUAAGCAUGUUCAGCUGCGGCUGGAAUUCCGUCCAGAAUCCUUUGAUGGCAUCAUAUUGCUGAGCGGGGAGCGAGAUGAUCUAACUGGCGAUUUUAUGGCCCUGCUGCUGAACAAGGGCUUCGUGGAGUUCUGGUUCGAUUGCGGCUCCGGCGUGGGCAGCGUGCGAUCCAGAGAGACCAUCAUGCUGAACGAGUGGAACUCGGUGAUUAUCUAUCGCCAUCGUUGGGAUGCCUGGUUGGUGCUCAAUCACGGCACCAAAGUCCAGGGCAGAUCGAAUGGUCUCUUCUCGCGCAUCACAUUCCGUGAGCCGGUCUUUCUGGGCGGCAUUGGCAACAUCACGGGCCUGGCCAAGCGUCUGCCGCUGGCCGAGGGCUUUGCCGGCUGCAUUCGUCGCUUCGUGGCCAACGAGCACGACUACAAGUUCACGGAGCAUCCGCUGGGCGAUGUCAUCAAUGGCUUCGAUAUACAGGAUUGCUCGACGGACAAGUGCGUGCGUUAUCCUUGCCAGCAUGGCGGAAAGUGUUUGCCCUCGGAUCAGGGCGCUGUUUGCCUGUGUCCGAUUGGCUUUGUCGGUGAUUUGUGCGAGAUACGCAUGGAUUUGCAGGUGCCCGCCUUCAAUGGCUCCUCUUUUCUGCGCUAUGCGCCGCUGGGCGACAGCGCUUUGAUCUGGCUGGAGCUGAAGGUCAUAUUGAAGCCGGAGCAGCCGGACGGUCUGAUACUCUAUUCGGGGCCGGAGCAGCGCGGCGAUUUUAUAGCUUUGUAUCUGCACGAUGGCUUUGUGGAGUUUGCCUUUGAUUUGGGCAGCGGCCCAGCGGUGGUGCGCAGUGAACACUCGCUGAGCCUGGGACAAUGGCACACCAUCAAGAUCUCAAGGACCGCACGCCUGGCUGUGCUCAAGAUCGAUCAGCAUCAGGAGGUCAUGACCAUUUCCUCGAACGGCUUCUGGCAUCUGUCGCUGGCGCAGAAUCUAUUUGUGGGCGGCGUCAAUCAUGUGGACCGUCUGCCAUUGGAUCUCAAGUACAAGUCCUUCUUUGUGGGCUGCAUUCAGCGCAUUGACAUCAAUGGCCACUCGCUGGGCAUUGUGGCGGAGGCGCUGGGCGGCAGCAACAUUGGCAACUGCCCGCACGCUUGUGUGGCCCGGCCCUGCGGACCGCUGGCCGAGUGUGUGCCGCAGAUGGAGAGCUACGAGUGCCGUUGCAGCAUCUACAACGAGCGCUGCAACAAGGCAGCUGAAGUGCCGCCCGAGCAGCUGCCGGAGCUGAUGCUGCACAAGCAGCACAAUGGCCAGCCACUUGAGGCCAAACAAUACAAAGGAGUUGAGUCGAAGAAAUCGUGGGCGCACAAGAAGCAUUCCUCAAAGCGCAAGAAUAUGCAUAAGCACAAGACGGCACCUGCAACCACCAGCAGCAGCACUAGCACCAGCACCACUUCAACCACCACCACCACAACGACAACCAAGCCACCCACACCAGCUGCAGUGGGUGGUGCGCCCAGCAAUGAGGAAAUCGAAGACGAUAUCAUCUUUCGCUUUGUGCAUGAGAAUGCCGCAAAGGCGCCCAGUCCCAUUGUGGGGCUGCAGCAGGCCCCACUCGUGGGCAAGCAGCAUGUGAGCAAGCACGAGCACCAUCAGAAGCCGAACACCUUUGCGCAUAAGCUUGCCCGCCUGCCCACACACUACGAAAGUUUCCAAACAAAUCCGGAUAGCGAUAUACUAACAUUCGAUGAUAACAACGAUUGGGUGGCCAGCAUGCAGCAGCAGGAGUAUGCGGAUGCCAUGGCGACCAGUCAAGUGGGGGGCCAGACGGUGGAAGUUGAUGUGGCCACUGGAGAUGCGGAAGCGGGUGCGGAUGCGGAUGCGGAUGCUGAUGCAAGUGGUUUUGUUUUCGAUGAGUCACUGUUUGAUGCCAACGACGGCGCUGAGGAUUAUCAACGCAAGCAGCUGGCCCAGGACAUGAAGCGCAUCAUGUCCAAUACACACACGCACACACACGCGCAGAAAAAAGUUAACCAGGAGGAGCAGCGCCAGCAGCAGCAGCAACAGCAGCCACCAGUUGAGCCGCAGUACAGCGAGGAAUACAACGACGAUGAGCUGCUAGCACCCGUGCUCAAAUCGGAGCCAGUGGCUCCAGCUGUUGCCGCGAGCACACCCCAAACGCACACCGACUGGAGUCUUCUCAAGAAAUUCGAUCUGUCCGCGGAGCAUCAGUCGCAGGUGCAGAGCGUGCGCAAGAAUUUUGGCGCCUGCUUCGCCGGCACUGACAGCUAUUUCCACUACAACGAUGCGGACACCAUGAGCCAGGUCAUCAGCUACAACAUCGAUCUCAAUCUGCGGAUCAAGACGCACUCGGAGAACGGCGUGAUACUCUGGACGGGACGGCAGGGCACAACGGAGGAGCACGAUGACUACUUGUCGUUGGGCAUUGAAAAGGGAUAUUUACAUUUCCGCUAUGAUCUCGGCGCUGGCGAAGUGGACAUACGCUUCAAUGGAACCAAAGUCAGCGAUGGACUUUGGCAUCGGGUCAGAGCUAUACGAAAUUCCCAGGAAGGUUAUUUGGAAGUGGACGGACGCAAAACACAGACGCUGCGUACGCCGGGCAAGCUGCGACAACUGAACACCGAUACCGGACUCUAUGUUGGUGGAAUGCCUGAUGUGGCAUACUUUACGCAUCAGCGCUAUUUGAGUGGAAUUAUUGGCUGCAUAUCGGAGAUCGUUUUGGCUGGCGAGAAAUUGAACUUUGAUCCAAAUACGUUGGGCACAGCGCACAACGUGGAGACGGGCCUACUAUGAAACGCUGCACUUACAUAAGCCUCAAGACUUUUGAUACAUAUAUCAAAUAGUUUAAAUGUUAUUAUUUAAUUAACGAAAUGUUUACAAAUUUGUCUAUUUCGUUUGUGUUUGUACAAAGACGCUUUUAAAAUCAACUGAGAAUGAAACAGAAUGAUAAAGAGAGAGGAAAAGGAAGAGAAUGAAGUGAAAAGAAGAGAAUUGAGUUCUAGUUGGGAAAUUUUUUUACGCCAAGAGAUGAGCUGAGAAGUAACUAAAGUAAAUAUAGUAAACCAUACUACAUAUAAUAUAUAUAGUGCAUACAAAACCAUAAUGAUUAUAUACAAAUGCAUACAUAUAAAUAUAUAUAUAUAGAAAUUAUAUAUAUAUAUAAAAAACAAAGAAAAACCAAAAAAAAAAAAAAAGAGGCAUGCUUCAUAUAGCCUGUGACUGUCAAUACUUCAGAAUGGAAUAGUUUAUAUAUAACUUUAGCAAAAGAUUUAUAAAACUGAGAACUAUGCAUAAAAUACUUUGAAAAAUAUUGUAUGUAGAAAAUGAGCAACAAAAGGAAAAGAAAAGGAAGCAGAAGAGAGAAGUUUGCACAUGUUUUAUGUCCAUUUUGAGCGCUUUGAUUUAAGUGAACGUUACGCUUUGUGUGCAGAGUUGCCACCUUUUUGUAAAAGAUAAACACACUGACACACACAUACACAGACACUCUAAAUACAACUACUACAUUACUAAAGACACGUAUACACACGCAUAUUGGCAGUACUUUCGUUUUUCGCAUUGCUGUACCUUAACUAAAGAAAUGAAACAAAAACCAAAACAAAUAUAAAAAACUAAAACUAAAAAGCUAAAACUAUAACUGUACAUUCUGUACUUCUUGGAAGUUCUAUAACUGUAUUAAGCAACACAAAUGCAAAUGCAAAUGCAAAACGUUAACGUCGAGUCGAAGCAGCGUAAACAUACUUAUUAAUUGGUAAGUUAAUAAAUGUGUAGCGUGUAUUAGCUUGUAAGUUGGCACACACACACACACACACACACACAUACACACAUUUUCACAGACACGCACACAUGAAGCCUGCCUAUGUAAACUUUUAUAUUAACGAAAAAUACACCAAAGAAAACAAAAACAACAUACGUAAGCUACACACACAUUACACAACACUAGACACACGCCACACACACACACACCAAACACAUACACAGACACUACGCGCUGAACCAGAAUUGAAAUAUGUGAGCGAUUUUUAACAAUUUAUAUACUACAAUACAACAGACAAAAACAACAACAACAACUAGCUAAAA